CUAGUUUCGCUUUCUGUUUUCGAAAUGUAACAUCCUGGUUGAUGAAAGAUCGUCCUACGCGACUACCAUGUCAGCCGGCGCGUCGAAUGUGUCUUCGCUGUCCCGCAAGCAAGCCCAGUUUAUCCUGGGGUUCCCCGCGGAAGACGACGUCACGGAAAACAGCGUCCAGAAAGCCUUCAAACGUCUCGCGUUAGUCUUCCACCCGGACAAGAGCAAGGAUGAGAACAGCAAGUCCAAAUUCCAGCAAAUCGUCGCCGCGCGCGACCUGCUCGUCGACUGGUGCCGCAGCAGCAAAUCCGUUCUGCACCGGGUGGUUUACGAAGCGACGACCGGGAGGGCGGAGAAGAAACAAGCCGAGCAGCAGAGGACCGCUAGUGCCGCGACCGGGGCGCCGCAGAGUGCGAGACACGCGUACAGUGGAAAUCCGAACGGGACGAACCCCCGCGCCCCCUGGACCGCGUUUUCCGAUAUCCACCCGCCGAACGGGAGUGCUUCUUCGCAGAUGCCCGGAGGAGCCGCAGGUCCAGCGUCGCAGAGCAAGUUCUCCACAAGACCGAGCCACCACCCGGACCGGCCGCGACCGGGGUCCGCGGUGCCGGCGGGCGGGACGUGGUCGGGUAGAAAGGAAUUUUUUCCGGAGGGGACGAGGUUUUCGGAGUAUUCCACAACCGCAUCUAGCACAACCAGGGGGACGACGACGUGGUCUGAAGCGCCAGGGGCAUCGGCAGCAUCGGCUUCCUCCGCUACUGGUCAUUCAUCCUCAAGGUCCGAAAACCUCACGAAGCACAAAGUCUAUUGGGAGUGCUCGGCGUGCAAGGUGAACGAGAUGGCGGGACUAUCCUACCGGGUGAAGAAGCACUGCAUCGAAAUUAACCACGCUCACAUCUGCGCCUGCGGGUACCCGUUUUCGUCGCACCGAUUGACAACGGGGCAGGAUUCGAAGCGGUAUAGUUCUUCUGUUAGCUAAAAGUUUGUCAUGUAAAUGCAAUGUGUUGAUAGCAUAGAGUCAGAGUGAGUGAUGUGUCUUUCUAGAAUGAAAGCCAACCUCAAAAGCUAUACACCAAACACCAACCAGAACCAAACGUUACACCUGUGCGGACAGUGGCUGCGAAAACUUCGAAUACGUCUUACCGAAUUCCACCGACCUAACUCCAUGUCCGACCUGCGGUCACGCGCAGGCGUGCCACUCCACCGUGAUCGAGACCAAAGAGGUCACCGUCGAGGAGGCGGGUGGAGGCAAAGCAACGUACAGUGCGGCGGGGACUACAGCAUCGUCAAAAAGGACCAGUACAGCCAAUUCGUCAUCCAAUGCAGCGACGCAGAGAAUGAAAACGGCCUCUACCGGCCCUGGAGCGCCGGGAGAACAAGAUGUGAAGAGGCCGCAGUCCGCAGCAGCUUCUUUCCUUAAGGAGCACUACGGCACGGCGAAAAAAACGGUUGGCGCGCCGAGGACUGCGGCAGACAAAGUCGUGGAUGACUUUGAAGAUUUGUUCGCCGCGCCGGAGGACAGUACGCUUCGGUCUGCCCGCACGCGGCAAGACCCCGAGACGUCGGAACUGUUUCAGAGCUUUCUGAAGGAAACGCUAGGGGAGUGGACCGAGCCGAACCGCGCGGCCGGCCGGGACCCGACGACGGGCGGGAAGGCCGCGGUGCCGCGGGUAUGGAGACCAAAAACGGCGGGCGCGAGGCUGUACAAGGACCAAACGCCAAGGACGGGGAACAAUAAAGAGUCGAAUUCGUACCUAUUUUGGAUUUGAUUUUCGGCAGAAAAUGAAAAACGCGAUAGAAGAGAGCUAAUCAUUUUUCUUGCUGUUCCUCCUGUAACCGUAGUAUAGUUAAAGGUACUGGUACGUGCUUCCCAAACAAAACUGCACAGCCCCGCUGACUUCCCGGGUUACAACCGCUGGAGCAACGCGGAGCGCCCGGUUUCUGCCGCGGGUCCCCGGCCGGACCACCGCCCGCUCUCGGCGGUACCCCGACCCGCCAGCGCGGGGAGGAUGCGGCCGGCGAGUGCGCGCAGCACACGGCCGAUGAGGGCAAGACCGAUGCAGCAGCAGCCAGGCGCCUCUUCAAAUGAUGCCAAAUCGUCUAGUGCAGCGCCGAAGAUCCCCGAGGAAUCACCCGAAAAGAGUUCCGCGGAGCCACCUACUCCGACCGGCGGAGGUGAAAAUACGAGUAACCCGCCAGACCCGACCCCGGAUCUGGAUAUCAUCGAGGAUGACGAUGUCACGAGUAGUGACGCCAGUCCGAAAAAAUCCUAUUCCAACACGACGGUCACUAAGGAUUUCAACUUUAGCAACCGAAAGCGGGAACGGACGCCGUCUGCGACAACCUCGACAUCGCAGCAACUACCGCAGACCGGGUUGAACUCGCGGGCGACGCCGUGGCUGAAGGCAGCGGAGGCUUUGAAAAUGGACAUCCAGCGGGAGUUGAAAAUGCGGCCGAAGGUCAUGACGGUGGACCAGUUCAACGACUUCAAAGCGGCGCGGGAAGCGGAAGAAGGCGGUACGAGUACGACUAGUGCUGGUGGUGGUGCCCCCUCAGCCUCUAAGGAGCAGUCUAUUCCGUCGGUGCAGUCGUCUCCCCAAAGACCACAAGUGCCCAUGUCGGCAAGGCAGCAUACUUCGCCGGUGCGGAAGAACGCGGGUGGCAGUGGUAUGCGAUCUUCAAGAGCGUAUUCUACUACGGAGGACUACACAUCCGCGGAGCAGAUUUCGCCACCGCAGCGGCGACACAGUUUCAGUUCUCUGCGGCCGAUGUCUGCGCCGGCCAGUCGCGGGGUUGCCGCGCAAAGACGAAUGAGCGAUGGAGAAGUUGUUCUUGAGACUGCAGCACAGGACAGCCAGCCUGCAGACGGGAAAGCAACCGGUCUAAGCCGUGGGGGUGCUACUCCGUUAGACCGUUACAUUGACGGACUCGAGAUCAAGGCCGGGGCUGCAAACAAACACUCUAGGAGCAGACUGCGCAAGUUCGCAUCGAAGAGCGGUGGAGCAGAACAGAAGGACGUCGGUAGAGCGAAGGCAGUGCCGUCCGCAAGCAAUACGAAGCUUCAAGGCAGGACUACGACUCCUAGCGGGCAAGAGCAAGAACCAGCAGCCGAGCCACUUGGAAAAAAGGGAAAAGAAGAAGCGCAACCCACCCGGAACAACUCUCCACUUCUUCGGAACAUCGACAGUGACCAGGAUGAUCUGCUCGAUUACAACGACGAAAGUGACGGUGAAGUCGACUACAUUUUUACCGAGGAAGCGGCAGCGCCGGUGCCCUCUGCCUCACCGUUGAGAAACGCCCGCGAGAUGGCAGAACAGCAGCAGAUUGGCGGAUUUGCUAGUACGAAGAGUUCGGGUAGUUUUGCUGCAAGUUGUACAACCGCUGGUCGAGGCGGAGCCUCCGUGAACAAAGUCGCAGCACGCCAGCCGGACGAUUCGCCGAUAUCGAUCUUGGAAGAUGAACAAGGGGGAGAUCAAGAUCAGGAUCCGUUUGCGGAGGAGAAAACCUCCGCUGUUCUCAUGGCGGAUAUUGCGUCGUCCUUCAACGAGCUGAAGGAACAUUUGUCGAAAAGUUCUGUUUCAUCUUCUUCAAAACAGUCACAAGAACGGUCGAAGUCGAAGGAAAGCGUCACGUACUCGCAGAAUGAUUUUCACGCACCCGAGUCUAGCGUGGGCAAUGCGUCGGUGGUGCGGGACAGUGAAGAACCACCGCAGGAGCCUCCUGAGUCUUCCGACACCGACUCAGAUGCGGAUGUGAUUUCGAGACAGAGAGGAAUGAAGAAAUCCGGCUCACGACUCGAAAUGAGUCCGCCACCUUUCCCGUUCGCGCAUGACGAGCCGUUUGAAGUAGGGGGCGAGAAAAUAAAGCCAGUGAGCUUGCUCCCUGGCAACACAAGCACUUUUCCCGCUACUUUCACAUCGCACACAGCAUCCAGUGGCUCGAUUCAUCCCGCUGGUACGAUACCUGCAACCGGAACGAACACGGUAGAGACAACAGCCAACCGCUACAAGCAGGCGGACACGCCGCUUUUCGGCCGGAGCGUGCAGGAGCCAGACUCUGUCGAAUUGAACAGUGUCGACUCUGAUUCAGACGGGGAGGACGUCGAGCAGGAGCUUUUGCGAGCAGGAGAAGAUGAUGGUCGUGAAAACAGUGAAGAUGAAGAUGUAAAAGUACACGCAGAUGAGCCGGACCCAGUUUUGUACUCGGAGGCGACGCUGAUUGCGGGUCUAGAAGAAGAGUUGAAAUCCGAAACCAGCAUCACGGACCAGAAACACCACCAAAACGCGAAUUUUCCCAGCACAAAUUUACUUCACCGUGGGGCUUUCACCACCGGUGGGAGUACGAGCAGCAGUAGUGGUAGUAGUACAACUGCUGCUGCUGCUGUUGCUGGUGCUACCACCUCUUCCCAAACGCAGACCGCGCGGUCAGCCGCCGCGAAAGCGAGACCGCGACGACCCGCAAGUGCGGCGAGGAGAAACAGUACGCCGCGAGCGACAGGAAGUAGUGGCGCAACCAGGGACCACCGCCGACGAUCAGGAAGACCGAAUGCGAGUCCGACUGCAGGAGGAGCUGCUGCGCGUGGUACAACUAGGACAGGUGCAGGGACGAGCUCUGCUUCCAGUACAGUAGCGAGCAGUGGUACAAGUACUGCGACGACAUCAAGGAACCACCCUGGUCGCAGUAGGGCCGCGCGGCCCGUCAGCUCGCGCGGGACUAGAUCUUCGACAGGAGAACAAGGAGGUUCGUCCUCCUCCACAGGAAAAGCCGGGACUCCGCGCGGGGCGUCCGGUGCUUCGAGCGCGAAGUUGAAGUUUCACUCGGACCAGCGAGUGGAACAACGGAAGGAAUACAACACGGAAGCUGAUGCGAAACGCGCGCAGCAAACGCCACGGGAGCAGGCCGGGCAGUGGGCCGCGCCGAAGGACGGGCCGACGGUGCACUGUGGGGGUUUGGGUCCGUGGGAGAACGGGCUCCGGAGCAGCAGCUCGCCGGUGCCAGCAGCGAAAGCGAAAGUUGAGGAGCCGAAGACCGAGGAUGUAGCUGUUGAUGGAAAUGACGUUGAUAAUGGUAUCGCGAAGAAGACCGCGAGUAAGGAACCUGCGGAUCAUGCACCACAAGCAGGUGAAAGCGUAAAACCUCCUUUAACCCUGCCGCUCCCGAAAGAAGACAAGGGUCCCCCCAGUGGCCACGUUUUCGUGAUGGACGAUUCUCCUCCAGUUUACAGCGAAACUGCAAGCUACAAGACCGUAAAAUCCGCAACCACAACAGCACCCCCAGCCCCUCCGCCGCGACCGACUUCCGCGAUGAGCGGCAGCAUGACGGCGAGACAGAUAAAUCCGCCAAGAGCCAAACCCUUUUACCACCUUUUCGGUGUUGGGAGCAACACCGCGCGACCGCAAUCCGCGAGGCCUGGCGGAUCUUCCACCAACGACGACGAUGACGGCGACUUUAUCACCGUGCCUUGGUGGCAACGGAUGCACGGUAAGCAGACGCAGCAGCGCGCCGCGGCGCAGGCGGCGAAUGCGGAAAAGAUCAAGAUCAUGAAGGCAUGGCAGAAGGAGAAGAAGCAGUUACUCGCGGAGACGGAAACGGCGUUGGUUUUUACCGAUCCGUUCGCGCAGACGGUGUUCCGGGUGCGGAACAGUUUCAAUCAGCAGGAAGCAGGCGUGAUUGAUGAAAGCUCGGAACCGGCGUCGUCGCCCGGGAAGCAGAUGCCUGUGGUAGCAGAUUCUGAGCGGAAGGAGGGCAUGGAAAAGCAAAACACGCAAAGGAUUCCACUUCAACAGCACCAAAGCCAACCAGGUGCACCGCGACCGGGAUCUGCGGCGGGAUUUCACAGUUACAGCAGCAAUUGGAACACAACCGCGACCUCUACCUCGCGUCCGAGUUCCGCGGCGGGCGUCCGAAGAGAGGCACGUCCGUUUAACGAGGAGCUCAGUACCUCUCCCUCUGCGAAGCAGUGCAAGUUUGUGCCGCAGUCUGCGGCGAGACGCUUUGACGCCCCUCCAUUUGGGCAGGAAACCAGGCCGCGCGAGCGACCAGGGUCCGCCGGAAGCAAUAUGCGAGCGAAAUUGCGAUACACCCACCGGCAAAUCCGGGAUGAGCUGAUGCAGCAGUACGAAAAGGAGAAGGAGGAGAAGGAAAGACAGAACCAUGCGAAAGCCGCUGCGGGCAGCAAUGUAGUAGAACAGGCACAUCAAACGCCCGGAAAUCCGUACGCGCCGAUUUCCGGGGCGAGGGCGAAUGCGAACCUGAAUCCGAACCCCUCUACAACCGGUAGCAGUACCCCACACGCGACUCGACCACGGCCGCAGUCCGCCUUCGGAAACCGAAACUUCAUCCGGGAGAACCGGGAGAUCGGGACAAUUUUGAAGAACGCGAGACGGCGAAUUCAGGGGGAAAUGGAAGACGAAGAAAACGUCGAGUCGCACUUUUUCGUCAACGAUGAGCUGCAGAGACGCUGGUUUGGAACUGGAUCCGGUGGAGCGGGAGGAGUAGAUCAAGACUACGAUCAUGUCGUUGGAGCUGCUGCUGCUGCAGCAGGACCUUCUGCCGCAACCGUGAAAGCACAGCACGUGGCUUCAAAGCCGAGCUUCGUAGCACCACCGGCGACCACAUCCCGGCCGCAGGGGAACAAGAAUGUGAAAGUUCAGUUAACAACAGAGCAGAUCCACGCCGAUUUUGAGGCGCAGUUUGCGAAGUCCACGUUUGUCGAGGGAGAACACUCGCUAUCGCCUAUCCUGAGUAAAAACGUACCCGCACCAGAGUUGUAAUGUAGAUUUGCAAAGACAGGAAGACUUGUAAUGCGCAUCACCAUGAGAGCCAUUUUCAAUCGUGUUUUGGAAUUUGUGAUGCUGUGAACAGGAUGAGCCGAUGAAUCUGUGAUGCGGCUGCACUUGCUAACCUGCACUACACUGCAGAGUGCAACUUGUCAUGCGUGACUCACAAAACUCCUAGGUUUGUGCUGCAAAAUCCCCAUCCUGACUCUGGUGUGGGUACGUUUUUACUCAGGAUAUCGCCGGAAAAGGAAAGCCGAGCUGUACGCAAUCAUGGAGCGGAUUUUGGAAGGGAGCUGAUCGAGAUGACUUCGGUCGACGACAAGGAGGAAUUUUCACCUCAGGACAAAUCGGUUGUGGAACAGGAAGAUAGGGCUUGGGCGGCUAUCAAAUGUAAAAACGUCUGGGUCUGGAAGAAUGCAACUUGUGAUGCUGCAUUUGGAUUCCAAAAAAAUCUGUAUUACAUGAGUACCAAAGGGAAUGCAAUUUUUGCUACGCUGAGAAGGCAUCUGUCAUGCGGAAUAGGCAUCCAGAAGCGUUCAAAAAAUCUGUAUUACUAGGGUAUGCAUCGCAGAGACAGACAUCAUGGCUCAUGCAAAACGUGCAUGACAAACCUCGCAUUCAUCCAGACCCAGACAUUUUUACAUUUGAUAGCGGCCGGACUGCUGCAAAAGUUUUAUCGGGAACAGCACCAGUAACGAGAUUCACUAGAGAUUCUUGUUGUCUGUGCAUGACGACGGGGACGGAAUGCGGUGGGAAUUAAAAAGUAGGUUUACACCACAAUGCUGCGCUUUUUCACGUUUCUUUGUUUCUAUCUUGUACAAUUGAUGAAAUCUACUUUGAGUUGUCGUGAAUGUUGAAAUUACGCAGUCGACCCUUAAUAUUUAUCAUGAUGAGCUUCAAUGAACUUCUUUGCUCGACUGCUAUUGUCAAAUAGAGUCAGUUUUUAUCUCAAUCAUUCCAGUAUGAUCACAAAUGCGAAUGCAUCUAACGUGCUGCUUCAGACAGAGUGAACAGUAACCGAAAGCGAGCGUUGUGUACUAAAAAUGUUUUUUUCGUAAGGCUAAGGAAAAGAGUAAACGUGCUUUUGAUAUUUAUGAGUCAAGAAAUCUUCUAACGCCAUGCUCAUUGCAGUGUCG